CGUGCGACUUUUCGGCCCAACAUUUUUCAGAUCGAAUUCUUAUAAUAUUAAUUUUUAAAUCGCAAAAGUUUAACGCUAUUUUUUCACAAAGACCGUCAUAGAAUAGUAGUAGAUUUGUAGUUGUAGAAUCAGUGAUUAUGGAGGAACAUAAGAAGAAAAAGACGACCGCCCGCUAUUUUAAUGGAGACGGUUCUCCGGCGACAUCCUCUGUUGGUGGGAGUGGUGGGUUAAAGAAGAAGAAGAAAUUUAACAAGCCAACUCACAAGAAAAAGGAUGAUGGCGAAGAAGCGAUCGAUAUCGAGGAGGAAGUUGGUGGCAGUGGGGAUGUGGUGGACCCAAGCGAGAUAUCUGCAUUGGUUAACAAGCUAGGGUUAAACAAAUUCACUCCUGCUGUCUUGUCAGCGACCAGUAAAGCACCAAAACAAAGACUGUCUGCGGAAAAAGGAGGCACGAAAGGGAAGAAAGUUCCUGAACUGGAUGUCAGACAACAGGCGAAGAAGAAGGACAACCUUAAAAUUCCUCCAAAGUCGAAUCAUACACGAUUUGAGGAGGAUAUCAAGAAACCGGAACAACAGGGAAAGGAAAAAAGACCGGGGAAGAAGGGAAAGUCGAAGCAAGGGGGGAACAAGCUCACCACACCCACCAAUGGACCACAGGCUGCAGCCAAAGUAAUAGCAAAAUCCACUGGCAGCAAGUGGUAUGAGGGACAGGAGGGGUCUGAUGAUCAAAAAGUAGAGUCUAGCUCAACCGGAAACCAUGAACAAUUCUUUCCGUCUUUGCCUGCUACAGAACUUGCACAGAUUCAAAAAACUGCGUUUGGUCUUUUGGAAAAUGAUGUUCAGGCGUAUAGAAUUGCAAACACCACGGGCAAUAAUAAGUCUGAUUUCCAAUGGAUGGAGAAAAUGAUGAAGAGCGGAACGCUUCCUGACAGACUGGCCGCCUAUACGGUUCGCAUUCAGGAUUCGCCAAUCCACAAUCUACACUUUCUCCAGCAACUCAUUUCAAUGGUGAAAGUUCAAGGAAAGCAGCAGUGCUUGAUGACCGCAGAUACUUUACGGGAACUAUUCUUUCAAGAUCUUUUGCCUCCAGAUCGAAAACUUGUUCCAUUCGCUAACAGAGGAGCUCAGUUGAAGACUGGAACAAAACGACAGCUGAUAACCUGGGCUUUCGAGGAUAAGUUGAAAGUUUUGUACAUGAGUUUUGUGGAUGCUGUGAAACGAAUGACCGCAGACCCUGUUGAGAAACUACGAGGCAAAGGAAUUGUAACAAUUUAUCAGCUUCUCGUCGGUUUGCCUGAACAGGAAGAAAUGUUACUCCAAAUUCUGGUCAACAAAUUAGGCGACCCAGCCAAAAAAAUGGCUUCUCGUGCUCUGUUUUACUUGAAGCAGUUACUGGAUGAGCAUCCAAGGAUGAAACGUGUGGUGGUUGAAGAAGUAGAGCGGUUGUUGUUUCGAAACAAUAUAUCUAAACGAGCCCAGUACUACGGAGUUUGCUUUCUUAACUUGGUUGACUUGAGGGACGAACAUCCUUCCCUCGCCCACAAAAUGAUUACAGUGUACGUAGCAUUUUUCAAAGCUUGUGUUAAAACGGGUGACAUUGAAACUAAAAUGAUGAGUGGGCUGUUGACCGGAAUAAAUAAAGCCUUCCCUCAGGCGCGUGAAUUUGGCUUCCAGUUUUCGGAAAAUUUAAACACACUGUACAAAAUUGUCCAGCUCUCGCAAUUUAAGAUAUCCAUUCAAGCCUUAUGUAUUCUGUUUCAAAUUGUCGAUGUGGCUGCAAAUCCUGCUGGAGCUGAUAGAUUCUAUAGAGUUUUAUACGAAAAACUGAAUUGUGUCGAGUUUAAGACGUCAUCACAUAACGCACAGCUUUUAAAUCUUCUCUUUAAAGCCCUUAAAGCAGACACAGUAAUAAAUCGAGUAACUGGAUUUGCAAAACGUCUCUUACAGAUAUGCCAAAACUGUGCUGCAAACCUGGCAUGCGCAAUAUUAUUCUUAUUAUCCGAAGUAGCCAAAGUGCAUCCUCAAUGUCUUCGCAUUGGUACUUGCAGUACGGGAGAGUUAGAGGCAAAGCAAAAACCUGACGAAGCAACGGACUCGUCCGAGUCUGAGGGCGAAGAGGAGAAGCAAUCCAAGAUAAAAAAGACUGCUGCAUUUGAGAAAUUUAUGAAAUCUACCAAUGUGCAGGGAAACACAGAGGUGAAAAAAGAAAGAAAAGUUGUAAAAUCUGGAAUUCCUACUACUAUACAAGCGUCUACUGAAGUGAUUGUGGUCGAAAAUGGAGAAACGCCCUUGGAUGUGAAGCCUCCUGAAGAAGACGUUAAGCUCGACAUGAGACGACCCUUGACAGAGUUCGAUCCUCAUGCAAGAAACCCUUGUUACUCUGGCGCUGAAAAUAGCUUGGCUUAUGAAUUAAUCGCACUUUCCAAUCACUUUCAUCCCAGCGUGGCACUAUUUGCUCAAACUUUAACGAAACGUCAGGCUGUUAAAUACGAUGGAAAUCCAUUCAGAGACUUUACACUAAAAAGGUUUUUGGAGAGAUUUUCAUACCGUAAUGCAAAACCCAUCAAUUCGACUCGACCGGAAUACCAGCCUAAAGGAUUGCGAAACCUUCCAGUCAAUUCUGAUAACUAUCUUUCUGUUCAAGAAGACAAAAUUCCAAUUGAAGAAAAGUUCUUCUAUCGAUUCUUUACCACAAAGCCACGUAAAAUUAAAUCUGAAGAUAAAGACGAGGAAGAUGUCUCGGACACUGAGAGUCUUGGCGAUGAAGAGUUUGAUUCGUUAAUGAAAAAUUACUUUAAACAAACGGGUGGCGCUGAUGGUAGUGACGACGACGAGGAUGAGGAUGAUGAUGACGAUAUGAAUCAAGAUGCGACAAAAGUUGACUUUGCUUCAGGAUUGAGUAUGCAGAAAUCGAAAGGAAAGAAAAGGAAGCAAGACGACUCUGAAUCUGAAUCUGAUAAUGAAAAUGAUGAAGCCGAGGAUGACGAUGAUUUUGACGACGACGGUGACGAUUUUAUAUCAAUGGAUGAUGAUGGCAAAUUAGAUAUGGGAGAAUCUGAUGAUGACGAUGAAAUGGGAAUAUUCGAAGACGACGACGAACCUCAAUCUUUUAUAAAUAAAAAGCAAAAGAUGAAGAAAGCGAGGAAAGGAGGAGACAUGUUUGCCCCUGCGGAAGAAUUUUCUGAAAUGCUUGAAGAAAAUGCAGACGAUGUUAUGACUGGUUCUCAAACAUUGAUAAAUCGUGACAGAGCCGAUAAAAAGCAGUUGAAAUGGGAAAUGGAUCGACACAGGUGGCCUAAAGGAUCGAAUAAUUCUGCGAAGAAAGGAUUCAACAAGAAAAAGUUUAAACGAACUUGAUACGCAAUUUAACUUUCGACAUAAAUUACUUUAUUCGUGUAGAGUUAAGAGUUAACCUGACAAGUCGAGUAUAGUUAAGUGUCAAUAAAUAUUUAUAUUAGAAAACUGAAAACA